AUGGUCCGCCUUAAACAUCGUUAUCUCCUGGUAGACAUCCUGUACCCCCCGGCCUCAGUCGACGCUACGACACCAGCAAAGUCGAAACACACACAUUCCAUUCCCAACAAUGCGAAAGACAUCCACCUCCUCAUCCACCGCCCGACCACCGACACACUUACCCCACAGUCCCUUGCACGUGCCGUGCGCGAACAUGUCGCGGAGAUGUUUGGUGACUGGGGCAUGGGCAGGCUGGGCGGCAACAGCGCGGGGGGUGUUAGUGGUACUGAAAUACCUUUCCCCCGCAACAUCCACGGCUAUAAUCCGCUGUCCUCGCGCGAGCUACAGACUUGUCUGCGGCAAGCCUGGCGUGAUGCAAAGUGA